AUGGACGGAAACUGUCGAGGCGGGCCUGGCGGCGCGGCGCGGCGGCGCGGGAGGAGCGUGUUGCACUCUCUUUCUCUGUUAGGGGGGCUGAACGGGGGCCAGGGCCGGCCUUGGAGUGUUGUAUUUAUACUGACGCUGAGGAAGCGCUCCACAGUCACCGACAUCAUCAGGAUGUACACCGUGGUAGUUUUAGUGGCCACUGUCGCCCUGUUCGCCCAGUCCGGACGGGCAUCCCCCAGUGGAGCGCACUACGGCGGUGGUGCAGCUGGUUACGGAGGAGCAGGUUACGCAGGAGCAGGUUACGCUGGAGCAGGCUACGGGGCAGCAGGCUAUGGUGCGGGCUAUGGAGCAGGCUACGAUGGACCCAAGUACCACGGACCUCAAGCCCUGCCUGUAGUGUUGGCCGACGGUCACAUUGCGGACACCCACGAAGUAGCCGCGGCUAAGAGCGCCCACCUGGCAGCUGUAGCCAAGGCAGCCGCUCACAGUGGAUAUGGAGGGUACGCAGGAGGAUACGAUGACGGUAGCUACUAUGAUGGUGCAGGACAUGGAGCAGGAUACGGUGCUGGAGCUGGACACGCUGCUGGACUUGCCGGAUACGCUGCUGGAGCUGGAUAUGCCGGAGCUGGAUACGGUGCUGGAGCUGGAUAUGGUGCUGGAGCUGGGUACGGUGCUGCUGGACACGGAGCUUAUGACGGACCGAAAUAUAAUGGACCUCUCGCCGUCCCUGUGGUUCUUGCCGACGGACACAUCGCAGACACUCAUGAGGUAGCGGCCGCCAAGGGUGCCCAUCUCACUGCUGUCGCUAAAGCCAAGGCUCUCACCCAUGCUUCUGGUUACGCCGGCGACGGCUACGGAUAUGGUGCAGGAGCUGGAUACGGAGGAGCUGGAUAUGGUGCAGGAGCCGGAUACGGAGGAGCUGGAUAUGCUGGAGCAGGAUACGCUGGAGCUGGAUACGCAGGAGCUGGAUAUGCCGGUCACGGUGGUGCUGGGUACGGCGCUGGGGCUGCAUACCACGGUCCUACAGCCAAGCCAGUUGUCCUCCCUUCUGGUUAUCUGGCCGACACCCAUGAGGUAGCCGCUCUCAAAGGAGCUCAUCUCGGCGCCUUGGCUAAGGCCUCCCAUAGUCACGCCGGGUGGGCUCCCAGCGGCCAUGGUUACCACUAAGAACAACUGACUUACCGACUGCUGUGAUACCAGGAUACUGUAAAUACGUCACCUGUUAGAGUAUAACGUUUUUAUGUUCAUUAUAAUUUAAUUUUUAUAUUUAUACGCAAGCGAAGGUCAGUAAAUACUAACCUUUUUAAA